AUGAGGGCAGAUAGCUCAGCUCCAUGGCUGCAGGUCCCAGCGGUCCCUGUGUUGUCUAUCGAACAUCCCUGUAUUGUUCGAAAUGUCGACCGAGCAAUUCAUAUGCUAGGAGGCCCAGAGGAGAUUGCGCAGAGCCUCCAAUCAGACUCUGAUAAAACUUUAGGGCUCAACUUCCAACCUAAUGACCCUACAGCGCGUGCGAUUAUCUCACUCAAGAAUAGCACGGACAAUCUCUUGCUACAUUUUGUCGUUCCCAAGAGAACUGGCAGGAAAAGAAAACGGGGAUCCAAUGAUCCUUUCGUCGAAGACCCAUCAGCGGGAACUGUCAGGAAAGAUGCUUCAUACCUGACGCGAUCCUUGAUCGAUAACCAUCAGGGCUAUAACGUCGACGUCGUGGGUUCCAUAAAAUCAACUCAUCUUUGGCGGAAUUUACCAGAUUUUGUCUAUUCGGCUAGCAAUUCAACUACGAUAGGCCAGAUCAGAACCCACAUUCUCCCUCAACAAUAUCCUCUAAUUCGGCGAUGGCAGUUUCCGCAAACUUAUGGCCUGACCAACACGGAGACAUUUCCUCCUCCGGUGUUUUCCACAUUGUCACUCCCAUUGAACUACACCUAUCGUCAAAAUCCCGCUGUCAAGAUUCUUGCCGACCCCGUUACGGGCAAGAAAUCUCUUCACAAUAAUCAAAAACCAGUAAAGCUUUUCACGCAUCAGUGUCAGCACAAUGACAAGGUGUGGCCAGACAGACCACAUCCGAAAUGCAUUCCUCUAUCACAACAACCUCAAGCGCUUCAAGAUGUAUGCCGAAGCAUGGUCGAGGCUUUUGAACGACGCCCACUUUGGACUCGCCGUGCGUUAUUGAACCAAUUCUCGACCAAAGUCCCAUCAUCGAUGAUCCGGCAUGCCACGGCAUAUGUUUGCUUUGCCAUUCGAUCAGGUCCUUGGCGCGAUUGCUUGUGCAAGUUUGGUGUCGAUCCACGAAAAGACCGCUCAUAUCGCAAGUUCCAGACCGUUUUAGUUCAGCUGGUGACCAAAAGUAGAGGUAAAGCAGAUACUCGCGAAGACUUUUCUCGGACCUGGAUCCGCAGUACGGAUCAAUCGUCGCAUAUCUUUACCGGAGAGUCCAAUAUUCCACUAGAUGGAAAAUCAUGGCAGCUGUGCGACCUUCACGAACCCCGCCUGAAAGCUCUGGUUGAUAUCUCCGAUGCCUAUCUUCGGUUUGAAUGUGAGACGAGAUACUUCGGAUGGUACCUCAAUGGAACAAUGGCCAAAAUGAGAGUGGCCACCAAGGCGAUUAUAGAUAGCUUGAUCGAUGGGGAGAUGCUUGAUGAAGGCAUGAUGGCGACAUUUUUGACGUUCCCGGAGGAUUACCACAUGGCUGACACGGAGUCUACAUCCGCACACCUCCCGAGACUUGCAGGCAAGAAAGGGCUUGAAUGGGCGAGUGCGUAUCGAUCCUUUUGCCGUACCAUCGGAGGCCAACUUCCCACAUCUGGUGGAAGUGGGAAAGGGCGACUCAGCAAGCCUAAACCCUUGGUGAGGGCUAGUUUUAUGGGAACUGGUCAAGUUGACACUGCGUAUGAGCUUGAAAAUGGCGACCGAUACGAAUCAUAUGACGACGAAGGAGAUAACGACAACAUCGAACCUGAUGGAUUGGAAGUUGAACCUGGUGAACAAGAUGUUGAAAUGGAAGAACGUUAG